CCGCCAAGGAAAGCGAGGCGCGCGGGGCCGCGUCCCAAGAUGGCGGCGCUGGCGGUGCGAGGGGGCUGGGGCGCGGGCGCCUCGCAACUGGGCUCCGCCGGAGCGCCGCGGGCCGCCAGGCAGCGGCCCCGCUUCAUGGAGGGCUCCAUCGUCAGGAUCUUAAUGGAGAACUUCCUAACUUAUGACAUCUGUGAAGUACAUCCAGGCCCCAACUUGAACAUGAUUGUAGGUGCUAAUGGAACAGGAAAGUCAAGCAUUGUUUGUGCCAUCUGUCUGGGACUAGCUGGAAAACCUUCUUUCAUAGGGCGAGCUGACAAGGUUAGUCUCUUUGUAAAGCAGGGGUGCCUGAAAGGUGUGGUAGAAAUUGAACUGUCUAAGACACCUGACAAUAUCAUUAUCACACGUGAAAUUCAAGUGGUGAACAACACAUCAGCAUGGUUUAUCAACAGAAAACCAGCAACUCUGAAAACAGUAGAGGAACAGAUCGCAGCCUUAAACAUCCAGGUGGACAAUUUGUGCCAGUUUCUUCCUCAGGACAGAGUUGGAGAAUUUGCAAGACUGAGUAAGGUUGAAUUGCUUGAAGCCACUGAAAAAUCCAUUGGUCCUCCAGAAAUGUACAAAUUUCACUGUGAACUGAAAAACUUCAGAGAAAAAGAAAGAGAACUAGAGAAUUUAUGCAAAGACAAAAGUAACUCAUUGGAGAAAAUGAAACAGAGGGUUGAACGAUACAAACAAGAUGUCGAGAGAUACCAUGAACGCAAGCGCCAUCUAGACCUAAUUGAGAUGCUUGAGAGAAAAAGACCUUGGGUGGAAUAUGAAACUGUUCGUAAGCAGCACGAGGAAGUGAAACAAAUCCGAGACCAGGCCAGAGAAGAACUGAAGAAUCUGAAAGAAAUGCAGUCUCCACUGAUGAAAAAAAUGCAAGAAAUUGAAGGAUCUUUUAAGAGUCUGGAUAGGAAAAUAAGAUGUAUGGCUGGUGAAAUCAAGGAGGCUUCUCAAAAAUGUAAACAAAAGAAAGAUGCUUUGGAGAUGAAAGAUAAGCAAAUUGAAGAAAUUAAUCAAGCUUUCAGAAUGAAAAAAGAUGAAGAAAUGGAUAGACGAAAGAAAAUAAUAAGUGCUCAUAAGAUGAUAGAGGAAUGGAACGAUGAACUCAGUACAGUGAACGGCUGUGAGAAUCUUCAGCCACAAAUUGAUGCUGUUAAUAUGGAACUGAAACACUUACAAGGAGAAAGGGCAAACAUUGAGAGCGAUAUUAGUGAUGUAACAACAGAGAAAAAUAACCAAGAACGGGAAAAGAAAAGAAUAAUUGAUCGCAUUGGACAACUUAAUAAUAUAAUGAGUAUGAAAGAAGAGACUCUUAAAGGGAAAUCUCAAGAUACACACUCUGCUCUUAUGUGGCUAAGAAAGAACAAAGACAAGUUUAAAAGAACAGUUUGUGAGCCCAUUAUGCUUGUGAUCAAUUUGAAAGACGCUAGACACGCUAAAUAUAUUGAAAAUCACAUCUCGGCCAAUGACAUGAAGGCUUUCGUUUUUGAGAGUCAAGAAGAUAUGGAAGUGUUUCUUGUGGAGAUACGUGAUCAUCAGAAAUUAAAAGUGAAUGCUGUGUGUGCACCUGCUGUAUCAUGUGCUGGAAACUUACCUUCAAGACCUAUUGAAGAAUUACAUCAAUAUGGAUUUUUCUCAUAUUUACGAGAGUUGUUUGAUGCUCCACUUCCUGUGAUGAGUUAUCUUUGCUCCCAGUAUCGUAUUCAUGAUGUCCCUGUGGGAACAGAGAAGACCAGAAACAUGAUUGGAAAGGUCAUACAGGAAACCAAACUUAGGCAACUGUACACAGCAGAAGAAAAAUACACUGUUAAAGUAUCUGCUUAUACAAACCUAACCUUCUCUACUAACAUGUCUCUGAGAGCAGCCCAGUUUCUCACUAAUUCAGUGGAUACAGAUGAAAGACAGCAGCUGGAAAAACAGCAGCAGGGUAUCAAUUGCAUGUUACAGUCAUUAGAUACGCAGUUGACAACAUUGUUUGAGAGACAGAAGCAUCUGGAACGCAGAGACAAUGAGCUCAGGCAACAGAAGAAGGAGCUCUUGGAGAGAGGAAACAGAAGGAGACAGUUGGAAUCAAAAAUUGCUGUGAAGUAUGAUAGUAUAAAACAGCUGGAACAAGAUGCUAUUAACCUAGAAGAGGAAUCUCAACAGGCAAAUGUAAAGAUCAAAGAAAUAAAUAUUCAGAAAGCAAGACUUGUUUCUGAAUUAAUGCAUCUCAUAAAGCAUUGUGUAUCACUGAACAUCCUCAAAACAGAUUUGGUUCUUCAGAGCACUGCGGUGGAUGCUGAGAAGAACAGACUAGAAUCAGAGUAUAAAGCAGCAAGUAUGCAGCUAAGAGCUUCAGAGCAAAAUUUUCGUGAGCUGGAUGAGGAAAAGCGGGUUCUUACGGAAAACUGCAGGGAAUUGCUGAAAAAAGCUCGACAGAUGUGCAAACUGAGUCCAGAUCAGAAUCUUCCAAAAGAAUUUCAAACUGCUUUUCAGGCUCUUCCGAACACAUUGGAGGAAAUAGAUGCUCUUCUGAAUGAAGAAAAAUCCAGGGCCUCCUGUUUCACAGGCCUGAAUGCUUCGAUUGUUGAAGAGUACAAUAAGCAAACUCAAGAAAUACAACAACUGAUGGAAGAUCUAGGGGAAAAGAAGAAGGAAUUGGAUAACUAUAAGCGAAACAUUUCACAGAUCAAAGAGAGGUGGCUAAACCCUUUGAAAAGCCUGAUUGAGAAAAUUAAUGAGAAGUUCAGUAACUUCUUUAGCUCUAUGCAGUGUGUUGGUGAAGUUGAUCUUCAUGUGGAAAAUGAGGAAGAGUACGACAAGUAUGGGAUUCGCAUAAGAGUUAAAUUCCAUAGCAGCACUGGACUUCAAGAAUUGACUCCCUAUCAUCAGAGUGGAGGUGAGAAAAGCGUUUCAACUAUGUUGUACCUGAUGGCUCUACAGGAACUCAACAGGUGUCCUUUCAGGGUUGUAGAUGAAAUAAAUCAGGGAAUGGAUCCAGUGAAUGAGAGAAGAGUUUUUGAAAUGGUUGUGAAAACUGCUUGUAAAGAAAGCACGUCUCAGUACUUCCUUAUUACACCGAAGCUCCUACAGAAUCUCACUUAUAAUGACAAGAUGACAGUGUUGUUUGUCUACAAUGGACCUUGUAUGUUGGAAGCAAACAAAUGGAACUUAAAGUCUUUCUGUAGGCAGCGGCGGCGACUUGGGAGGAUGGAUGAACAGUGAUACACAUGUAUAAAUACAUAUAUAUAUAUAUAUAUAUACGUAUGUACAUGUAUAUAUGAAAUAUGUAAUUCUUGUAGAAUAUUUUGGAACAUCAGGCUUUCAAGACUCACAGAAAUUGUGAAAGAUGAGAACCUGUAAAAAAAUAAUUGAUGAUUGAGAGCUUUGAUUCUUAAAGCUUCUGUAAAAACACAACGGAUUUGAAGUGCAUGUUUUUUUUCAAGUCCUUUGUAAUAGUUUUUCUUCAAAGAACCUACUUUUUCUAAAUAAUAUCCUUAAAUAAAAAGGGAGUUUCUUGUAUUUUGCUGUUUCAUCAGUAAUAUUACAUCAAAAAUACAGUUAAUUCUUCUAGGUUAUAUUGGAUUAAACCAAAGUCUGGUUUUUUCUAAACCUGGAGUUUGCUUUUGUUAAGCUGUGUUCCUCUAACACAGUUAAGGCUGUUCUCCAAACUUUUCCUAUUGAAAGGAAAACUUUUAAUGAAUGAAGCAGAAGAUGUAUAGGAAGAGAAUGGUUUGUAAGUAGCUGUGUAUUGUUUUUUGUUUUGUGAAAACAUACCUGAAUUUGAUAUAAGGAAUAUAUUAUAAUUAUAGUAAUACACUUUAUUAUUGUGAUAUUUUUUAGCCAGUGUUCCAUUUUGUUUUCCUGGAAGGAUAAGAUCUUUAUUUUUCUAUGGCAUGGAGGCUGUGACAGAGAGCCAGGUGUUUACUUUAAUAAUUAAACAAUGAGAUAGUUAUCUUGCAGAGGUAAAGCUAAGCAAUGUCUAACUUUUUAAAGUAAAACUGGAUAUAUUUUUAGUAAUAGGUGACCAGGAGGCUUUUUACAAGUCUUUAGCUGCGUUGGAGUGAUAGUACACAUAAUAGCUUUUUAACACAUAGCUUUAAAAUUCUUUAGUGGAGUUUUCUCUAUAGCUGUUAAAUAUUUGAAAGUAGAUGUUAUCAAUAGAAUGUUGACUACAGCUCUUUAAUAGUUAAGUAGAUAUUAUCAAUAGACCAUUGAAUACCUAAAAUAAAGUCCUGGCUAUUUAGAUAACUAUUAAAAAAAAUAAAUUUAACACUGAAUUGUGAAGAGUGUGAUCUGUAAAGAAAUGGAAACUAUGAUUGUUAUCUAAAAUGUACAUAAAAAUAAGAGUCCCAGGACAACAUCUGAAAAUGUACAGUAUCUUCUUUUUCAGUGGGAGAGUAGCCCUCAAUAGAAUUUUAGACAUAAGUCAGUGUCUGCUUUAUUUGAGUGGGAGUUUUUCUUAAUAGCAUCCUGCCCAGCAAACUUUGCCAGUGAAAUUGAUGUCAGGCUUUUUACAUGAGAAUGAGAUGUUAGAAAUAAAGUUGCCCGCUGCAAAACUUAAGCUAGAAUAUGAAGGGUUUCAUGUAUUAAAAGUUAGUAAUUCUUAUUUUUGAAUAAAGGAGUCUUUAAGGGAAGAACUGCAUACUCCUACAUCACUGGCCAAAAGACUGGCUGCUGUUGAUCAGUGAAGCUCCUACUGUGAAAUGAGUUCCUGGAAUUAGCUCCAGGAGGAUUAGUGUCCUCACAAAAAUAUUUUACAGAAGAAGUAAACAAGUGUGGAAACUCAGGCUCUAGUCCAGAUAUUGAGUGGGCUGGUGGAGUAUCCUUGACUUAAUUGAGGCUAUAAAGCCUAUAUGUCCGCUUUAUUUUAAGAUCUAAAGAUUUAAGAUAUAAAUGUAUUCUUUAAUCUUCAGAAUGCUUGGUUUCUCCUAACCCCAAACUUUUAAGGUUAUUUUUGUAAUUACUAUUAUUAUUAAAUGGAAACGUCUUCCAUUUAUCCUCUGAGGAUUGCUAUAUGAAAAGUGCAAUUCGUUUUUCAAUGUUUGAUUAGAUGAAACUACUUACAUGCACAUGAGUUAGGACUUCUGUUCAUCUGUGGCUAGACAACACUGAUUAUCAAUUCUUAAUGUUGUCAUCGUAGAAGUUCAUGGGUUUUCUUCCUAGAGUUGUGUUCCUUUCUCAUGUUUCAGGCUAAGUGAAGUAUGAAAUGCAAAUCUAACUUCCUUCAAGAGAAAGUUACUUCAGAUCCUGUCUCAAAAAUCCCACUUUCUGGAUAUGUGCCUGCCUCACUGCAAAAGUGAAGAGAAUGACAGGCUUGUGUGUUUGCUUCUUCCUUAGAUAUGUGUCACUACUGACCACAGGUUCUAGUUUAGCCAUUAUCUGGCUACAGUCCUAAUAUGACACUGUCGUUCACACUGCUCUUGUCCAGACACUGUAACAAGCAGCAAAACCAUACAAUACUGUCAUGUUACUGACCAAUAGAGCAUCGCUAUCCAGGAGCUCUGCUAGCUAGAGGCUUUAAAAAAGACCUAUAAAACAUAUUUGUAUAUAUGUACAGUAUAGCCAGUGCCAUUUGUAAACAGGCUGUAGAGCCUGUGUGCCUCCCAUACACAUGUUCCACUUAGUAACCUGCUCCUUUAUGUGAUGCCUGCAUCCUUGUCCAUGUACAGAGCUCCUCUGGCUUAUGGAAACAUUUUUUGGACUGGAUGCUAAUCCACACUAAGUGAUUUAGGGUAGCAAUAGCCUUUGUUAGCAUUCCUUACCUAUGUAUAGGGCUGUAUAAGUAUAUUGUAUGUAUAUGUAUGUAUAAGCUUCAUUGCUGUCAGCUUUUUUGCUGUUCUUGCUUUGCUGCUAUUCAGUUCCUCAGGCCCUCUUGCUAUAAAAAUAGGUAAAAUUAAUUUCAGUAUAACUGAGGAAGAGGGGAUGAGUAGGAGUGUAGGUUAAAUAUACAUGUAGUAUCCAGCUUUUCCCAAUGACUAGACAGUAUCUCAAAAAUGUAGAAGUGGAAAGUCACUAAAUAGUCCUUUCAGCUAAGUAUAAAAUGGGCUUUCGCCAAAAAUAUGUACUCCUUCCUGUUGUUUAGUCCAGCUGAAGACUAUGGUAAAGAUCCUUUUCCAUAAUCAUCCACAGUCUAACAUUUGUGUCUGCUCAAGUAUUGAGAUAAAGAGAAGUGGCAUGGAAAUUGUAACUUGCUGGGAGAAAUAAAACAAUUUGGAG